AUGUCCAACCAUUGCUUGCUCCAACCAGGAAUCUUGAUCUCGCUCUCCAGGUACUACGAGAAGCCUGUGCUGGAUAUCGAGGAUGCCGGACUUUCCGCUAGUGCUGCUGAUGGUUCGGAGGAAGCGACCUCUGGUUCUCCUGCGUGCGCGGAAGUGAAUCACAUCUCCCUGGACUGGGACGGCUUCUUCCCCUGGAGUGCACAUCCCGUCUGUGCCGAUUGCGGCACGCUAUAUGACUUCCGAUAUAUAUCUCGCAGGAAACGGGCUGCAUGGGCGGUGUCCAAGGAGCUCCGCGCCCAGUUCAAGGGGCGAUGGACACCGCCGGGUUGA